AUGUGUUUAGCUGUUUUAUCAGCUGACCAGCUGAACAAUUGCAAAAAAUUCGAAGAGUUCACCGAACUCCUAUGGCAAACUGACUAUAGUAUAAUUCCAGACAUUGUUGAUCUUACGAAAAAACUCAUGGACGAAAAUAUAAUCUGCAACGCGUUGAUUGUGAACAUAAUUGAUAUGAUAUCAUAUAAAAAUAGGAAAAAUCUUAGAUUUUAUCAUUCAUUAUUCAAAGAAUUGGUAGAUAAAUUAAUUGUAACAAUACCAUCGCACUAUUACUUCUCAUGUCAGCCACUACAAGCUGCGUUAAUCAAAACUGAGUGUUACGAUGGCGAUACACCUGAAGAAUACAUCGAUAAAAAUCUAGACGAAAUUUAUCAAAUUUAUCCAAAACAAACAAUUAACUACUGCUUAUUCUGGGAUGAUGCUCAGACAUUGGAAUGCUUGGCAUUAUUACCGAAGUUU